AAGCUUAUCAUGCUUCUAUUUCCAGGACUUCAUGUUCCAACAAACGAUGUACCGCAUCAAAGACCCCAGGAAGUCGAUUCCGUUCUACACCGGAGUGCUGGGCAUGACUUUGCUGAAGCAACUCCACUUCCCAGAGAUGAAGUUCUCUCUGUUCUUCAUGGGCUACGAGAAUCCGGCUGACGUGCCCCAGGAUGAAGCUGUGAGGUCCGCCUGGGCGUUGACGAGGAAGGCUACGUUGGAACUUACGUACAACUGGGGUACGGAGAGCGACGAUUCCUGCUACCAUAAUGGCAACUCGGACCCGAGGGGCUUCGGCCAUAUUGGAAUAUGGGUACCUGACGUGGAAGCCGCUUGUGCUAGGUUCGAGCAGCACGACGUGAAGUUUGUGAAAAAGCCGCAGGACGGCAAGAUGCGAGGGCUGGCCUUCAUCCAGGACCCCGACGGGUAUUGGAUCGAGAUAUUUACUUCCAACGUCGUCUAAACUCAAAAAACAGGUCUGUAAUGUCAACUUUGCUAGUGUUGCCGGACUGUCGAUAAUUUGAGAGUCGAUUCCAUCGAAAUUCAGAUAAAGGUUUUUGCCUUCGCCUUCUUAGCAACAGCUAAAGGCCGGUCUGUGAGCACGUAGAAUUUUGUCCAAUGACCCCAAGCUACCCAUCCUUAUCGCUCGCGCGUAAUU